GGCACGGUGUUCGAUCGUGUCAUCCAAGAAGUCUGCGAUGGUUCUCAGGUGGAUUUUGAGGAAAGUGGAGUGGACCAGCAGACAUUGCUAGAUUUGCGGAAGAGCUGGCAGAAAAAACUGUCGUCCCUGGGUGUCGCUCAUUUCCCUUGGGAUCCCCCACCACCACAACCAGCCCCUCCUCAGCCUCAGAACCAGAAUCAAAUCCUCCCUCCCAGUGCGACCGUACCCUCUAAUGCUCCUCGACCCGCUCCUUCUCCUCAAGCCCCUCAACAACAUGUUCCCCCUCCGCAGUCGAUGCCGCAGCCGAUGCCUGGCACCGCGCCUCCGUUACAAGUCCCCACACCGGUCGGGGCAGCACCAAAUGCCAUGGGCCAAGCACCACACAUUAAGACGGAGCCUGGCAUGAACGGCCAAACCAGCUUGCCCCCUAUGAGUAACAUGAUGCCUACGAAUACUCCAAAUGCUCAGUCAGCGCGAGAACGUGCUGCCAACAUGCUACACCAGAGAUACGGCGCGGCCGCUGCCAACUCGGUCAGUCAAUUGCAAGCCCAGUCGCAGGCUGCCAUGGCAAUGCCAGGGCAGGCCCGUCCUCAGAAUUUACCGCAUGUACCCAAUGGACAGGCGCCACAUAUCAAGCAGGAACCAGGUUACCCUCCUGUUUCUCAACCCCCCAUGAAUAACACACAGACAGACGGUGCCAGCGACGAUGCACUGUCAGCAUGGAAAGUAGAGGUCGCACGAAGGCGUGAGGCUGCUGAACGUCAGAACGGGGAAGGCGACAGGAUUCUCCGUGAACAUCUGAAACAGCGCAUGCUUCAGCUCGAGGGAGGAGGCCUUCUGCUGCCAUUGGAGGAGCGCCAGGACUCGUCAAGAGCACCUACCUGUGAACUUGCGACAGACGCCGCGAUCCCUUCCGACCCAAGUACCUCGGCAUCGUCUUCUUCUAAAGUAGUCCGAGCUCAAUAUGACGGCCCAGGAGGCGAUGAUGAGAGGGAUGAAGACGAUGAAGAUGCCAUCAACUCUGACCUUGAUGAUCCGGACGACCUCGUUGCUGAUGACCAUGAAGCAGAAGAUGCCGUCGGCCAAGUGAUGCUCUGCACGUAUGAUAAGGUUCAAAGGGUGAAGAACAAGUGGAAGUGUACUUUGAAGGACGGUAUUCUGACGACUGGUGGUAAAGAAUAUGUCUUCCACAAAGGUCAGGGCGAGUUCGAGUGGUAG